AUGAGAUUCGAAUUCGCCCUGCCCCUGAACGUACGUAUGGGCGACGCGUUGUUUUCCGUACGUUUGUCAACCAAAGUGAAGGGUUUCACCCACUCGGAGUGUGAAACCGCGUUGAGAUCAACUCGACUAGGAGGCGAUUUCGACCUGCAUGAAUCGUUCCUGUGUGCCGGUGGAGAGGCGGGAGUCGAUACCUGCACUGGCGACGGAGGUUCUCCGCUGGUUUGUCCCAGUACCGGUCGCUAUCAGCUGGCUGGAAUCGUUGCUUGGGGUAUCGGCUGUGGUCGGCCAGGGAUUGCUGGAGUGUACGUCAACAGUAGCAUGUACUACGAUUGGAUUUUCAGAACGACGGAAUUGUACGGUUUGGAGAAGGAGGAGGCUGAAAUGAAAGUGCAGAGAAAGUAA